AUGGCUAAUGAGGAGGGAGCAAGCUCCCAAGCUUUUGAUCUUAAACUUUUCACAGAAGCAAUCAAAGGCGAAUUGGGACGCAUGAUGGACCAAAAACUUGAACUGAUGCACCAACGCAUUGACAGCUUAGAGUUGUCUCAUGGAAGCUCCAAAGGCAACCGUGGAAAGGCUUAUGCACAUGAGUCUAGCGACUCUAACUCAGACAACAACUAUGAGCAUAAGCAAAGUAGGUCUAAGCGUGACGCUAGGCCUUCAAAUGACCACAUUCCGGGCAUAAAGAUGAAAAUUCCACCCUUCCAAGGACGAUCAGACCCCGAUGCCUACUUAGAGUGGGAGAAGCGGAUUGAACUUGUCUUCGACUGCAAUACUUACUCGGAGGAGCAAAAGGUCAAGUUGGCCGUGAUCGAAUUCACCGAUUACGCCGUUGUAUGGUGGGAUCAACUCUCCACUAGUCGAAGGAGGAGUCGUGAACCUACCAUACAAACUUGGACGGAGCUAAGACGACUAAUGAGGAAGCGUUUCGUGCCAAGUCACUACUACCGUGACUUGUAUCAAAAGCUUCAAACCCUCAACCAAGGAGCACGAAGUGUCGAGGACUAUCACAAGGAAAUGGAAAUACUCAUGCUACGGGCAGACAUCAUGGAGGAUCGAGAAGCAACAAUGGCACGCUUCUUGAACGGAUUAAGGCCCGAAAUCGCUGAUCAAGUGGAGUUACACCACUAUGUGGAACUUGGGGAUCUGGUGGAAAAGGCCAUCAAGAUUGAAAGGAGGAUUAAGAGGAGGGGUUCGACUCGGAGUUACUCCAACUUUUCACCCUCUUAUCUCCGAACUACACCACCAAAGAAAGAGGAUAAAGGGCCGAGUAAUUCCAUCCCUUCAAGACCGAGGCCGGAUAUGACUAAGUGGGAGUCUAAGGCAACACCAAAGACUGCCAUUGAGUCGAGCAUGGGGCGAAAUCGAGAUACUAGAUGCUUCAAAUGCCAAGGCCGAGGGCAUAUUGCUAGCCAAUGCCCGAACCAACGCGCUAUGAUCAUCUUACCCAAUGGCAAGGUAUGUAGUUUGAUCAUAGAUGGAGGUAGUUGUGCUAACGUCGCUAGUGCCUUGAUGGUGGAGAAACUAGCACUACCCACUCUACGACAUCCAACACCUUAUCGUUUGCAAUGGUUGAACGAUAGUGGGGAUGUUCGUGUGACCAAGCAAGUCCAAGUACCUUUCCGAAUUGGAAAGUAUGAGGACGUGGUGUUAUGCGACGUGGUCCCUAUGCAAGCAUGUCACAUACUAUUGGGGAGGCCAUGGCAAUUCGACAAGGGAGUUACAUUCGAUGGCAUUACCAAUAAAUACUCCUUCAAGCAAGGCGAGAAGAGGAUUGUGCUUGUGCCACUCACUCCUAUCCAAGUUCAUGAAGAUCAAAAAAGCCUGAUCAAGGAGAAUGAGCUUGAGAAUGAGAAGAAAAAAUAG